UAGUUGGUACGGUCGACGGAACGUCGGUUGUGUUGUGUUCUGCAGUAGACACGUCGGGGUACACCGGUUUCGUUUUUUCUUCUGUUUUUUAGCUCCGUUUUUUCUCUCUCUGUCUCUCUUCUAAUAUCGGCCUUUGCGUUCUUCCCGCGUGUCUGAGUUGCCUGCCUUUUUGGCGCCAAGUUUUCCACCAACAUCAUCAGCUCCGGGAGAAGAGGAAGAAUCAACCGAAGAAGAAGAAGAAAAAAAAAAGAAGAGCGCCCCCAUCCAACGCCCGAUAAGUUUGUCUUCGUCAUUCAAGAAACAACAAAAAGAAGCGAGAGAGAGAGCAGGAGAGAGAACGACGUCGCCCGACCUCCCCAAUCCAAAGUCCUUAACCUCCUUUGAGUGCUACGGUGUGCUUUUUCAGCGUCGUCUGCUACACAGAAGAAAAAUCGUCUGCUUCCCGCGCAGGACGUGUUUUAUUGUCGUCUGCUUUUCGCUAACCGCGGUUGGUGAUUGGACGCGUGGGCCCGUCGUCUGCUACGUUACCGAGUGUGCGGAAGGCCUCUACCCUGACCACCACCGUCGUCACCACCAACUUACUACGAGCACGUCGCUAAUACAGCGCGAUCGAAAGAGUUUUUGAGGAAGAACGCAGCGCAUAGAGGUCCAGCCUCCGUCAAAUCGCUUUUGUUGCACAAGAAAGCGCACAAGUUGCGUGCCGCGUGGUCGCUGCCCCCCCGACACAGCCCCAACCGGAGGUGACAAGAUCAGAGAAAAAAAAAAUCACAAGCCCUUGUUUGGCUCGCUCAGAAGACGACACAGGUCGCGAAAAAACUCCCCUCGACCGGGAUUUUUUUGCGCCGUGAGACCAGCCGCUUGGUGUUUCGCGUGGCCGAACCUUCGUUCCUUUUCCUUCAACUGGUGAUCGCCGACUCAGAAGAUAAUCCGCGUCUCAACAACUGUCCCUUACCCUCGGUAUUGGCUACUCCAAACACCUCAUCACCACGACGACUUUCGCUUGGGUUAACUCUUCGGAGAGCGGUCUUUUGAACCAAGCUUCCCAAAUGAAUGGCAUGGACACCGGUCCGUCGGUGCAGUCUUCGCAGCAGAAUGGGACGCUGCAUGGCUCGUCGGCGCAGCAGCAGCAGCAGGGCUCGGCCGAGGACUCCAAGACGAACCUGAUCGUCAACUACCUGCCGCAGACCAUGACGCAGGAGGAGAUCCGCUCCCUCUUCUCUUCCAUCGGAGAGGUCGAGUCCUGCAAGCUCAUCCGCGACAAGGUCACCGAAGAAGGCACCUCACCACCGAUCCGUCAAAGCCUAGGCUAUGGCUUCGUGAACUACGUCCGGCCCGAGGAUGCCGAGAAAGCAAUCAACACGCUGAACGGACUGCGAUUACAGAACAAGACCAUAAAGGUGUCGUAUGCCCGCCCUAGUAGUGAGGCUAUUAAGGGUGCCAACCUGUACGUCAGCGGACUGCCCAAGUCCAUGACUCAGCAGGAUUUGGAAGGGCUCUUCUCUCCCUAUGGCCGCAUAAUCACUUCGCGCAUCCUCUGCGACAACAUCACCGGUCUGUCCAAGGGCGUCGGCUUCGUGCGCUUCGACCAGCGCGUCGAGGCCGAGCGCGCCAUCAAGCACCUGCACAACAGCGUGCCGGCCGACGGAGGCGCCACCGAGCCCAUCACCGUCAAGUUCGCCAACAACCCGAGCAACAACGCCAAGGCCAUCGCGCCGCUCGCCGCCUACCUGUCGCCCCAGCGCCGCUUCCCGGGGCCCAUUCACCACCCGGCUAACCGCUUCAGCCGGUACUCUCCGCUGGCGGGUGACCUGCUGGCCAACCCGCUGCUGGCCGGCUCGGCCAUGAACGGCUCCGGCUGGUGCAUCUUCGUGUACAAUCUGGCGCCGGACACGGAGGAGAACCUGCUGUGGCAGCUGUUCGGCCCAUUCGGGGCCGUGCAGAGCGUCAAGGUCAUCCGAGACCUGCAGACCAACAAGUGCAAGGGCUUCGGCUUCGUCACCAUGACCAACUACGACGAGGCGCUGGUCGCCAUUCAGAGCCUCAACGGAUACACGCUCGGCAACCGCGUGCUCCAGGUCUCCUUCAAGACCAACAAGUGCAAGUCCUAAAUUAAGAACACACAGACACAACACAGACACAACACACUUCUCAAUACACGGCUUGCUCUACCGUCCGGUACAAGUGGUUCCUUAUCUCAGGAGGCGCACGAAAGAACACACCACCACUGACGAUAACAUAGCAUUCGGUUGUGUAUUUGUAAAGUCGAGGUACGACUUCGAAUCUACCCAUCAUCGGCGUUCGCGCUUGUACCGGACGGUGAGCAACUCACUUACAUCCUCUCCCUUUUUUUUGAGCCACCCUUCUCGCCCCUAAACGAAAAAAAAAACGAGUUGGAACACCACGUACUCAACACGUCGCUAAAGUCAAGCUUCCCCCUUUUCAUUCUUAACAGGAAAUGACGUGGUUCGAAAGAGCACUUCCACAUACCUUUUAAUGGCACACAAACGUACAUACACGCGGAACACGAGACACUUUGCUCACAGAGACGGCACGCACAGACAGACACGGAGACCGCGGAGAACCCUUGCCGCUAGCCCUUCACACCGAACGACUCUUUUUUGACAAGAACGCGCAGAUGACGUUUGACGCUAGGAGAUGGGAAGCGAUGAAAAAAAAAACAGGAAAAAAAACACCCCGGGGCACUGGAGCUUAAAGAGCAGAACGUUGAGGGCCCUACGAACGCGAUACGCUAUGUAUGUUCGUCCACAGAAGUUAAGGAAAACGAAAGAAAGAAACGAAAAGCUAAUUUGUCUGCAUAUUUGGAACCCUGUUACAUUACGAAAGCACGAAGACCACGUGUUUAGCGAGUUGAAGCGCAUGUCAGUUGGUACAGACGGUAUAAGUUAAUCCUCGUGCCUUUAAUUGGCAUCGUUGUUCAAUCUCUUGAGGUGUAAAAUUCAGGUGUACUUAAUGAUCUUGCAUUGCGAAUCUGCCUUCUGUAUUGUCUAACAUUUCCUGAAUAACUGAGAAAGUGUUCGGAAUUUAGCAAAAGUAAACUGACGAGAAGAAGCGUGAAAUUACGUGUUUUGUAAGCACGCGCGGUCGACCUUUUACAACUUCAUAUUUUGCGAAGGUUUUCUAGAGUGCAUCGCUGAGCAGGAAUUUUGGGUAUGUCGGAAUGGGGAUGCACUUUGGAUUUCCACGCUAGAAAAACAAAAAUUCUUAUCGCUCGUCAUUGUCUCGAAGCGCUGAAAAAAACGUACGCUAAAGGAAACAUCGACUUAAACCUCGCAAGGAAAGCUCAAACGCCUUCCCCGAAAGUUUUAAAAACUGGUUUUUGAAGUUGCGAAAGCGAAAAUAAAGCGAGGCGUAGUAAGACGCGAAAACGUAGGUGCCCGAGGCCCGUGCUUCACACGCACACCCCACACACACACAUGCGCCCACCCCCACAAACUGAAAAAAAGAUGGCGCGCUGAGUAGCCAGCCUAUGAUGCUACAUUCACUGUGCCGUUGUGUCGUCGAAAACAGCCCAAGUCGUGAUGACAUGUAGACGAAAAAAAGGAACAGAAAUGUGAAACCGUGACACCUUCAUUUAUCGCCUGCGUAAGCUUCUGAGCUGUCGGAAUGUUAUUUCACUCGUUGCCUUGGCAUGCGUGAAGCGAUACGUGCAUUGGCCAUAGCCCUUCGUGCAUUUAAAGCAAAAUGCAAGGUGAGGUAUGAGCAUCAGGUGAUCCGGGGGCAUUGCUUGGUUUUUGCGGGGAUAUCGGUCAGGAAUAUUAGGAAAUCUUGGCAAUGUAAAAAAGAAUACCGAAUUCGACGUCUCAGUUGUCAAGCUAGAUUGUACGUGGCACAGUCGGGGAAAAUAACUUAAAUAUCUCGUGUCCUUUACGAGAGGAAGUGUUUAGGUUUCGAAGAAUGCUGCCACAUUGUGUGGAAAGGGGUCGAACUUCGUAUAUAAUAUUUUGAUUCCAAAUCUAGUCGUGAUUUUGCUGCCGCGUACACGAAAAAACGACAAAUUUCUGGGCACAAGAACAGCAAAAAAAAAAGUUACGAAAGCAGUGACAAACUAGUUGGCUUCGUUUAAAUCUCCUAAAUCGCGACUCCUGGUGACAAAAAGAAGAAAAAUAGGCUAGUCAGUUCAUUGUGUAUUGUAUUUAAUGCACCUAUUUAUCUAUUUAUUGAACUAUUUAUAAAAUAAGUAUAUAUUUAUUUAUUUAUUUAGGCGUUUAGCUCUGCCUGUUUGGAGUGCGAGCACCAGUCGUCUGGCGAGCAGGUUGUGGUGUCGUCUGCAACGCAGGUCGAAACGCCGUCUGCUACGGAGCUCUUAGCUCGCUCCUGCGGCUAAGGUACUUAAUGGGUCACGUGACCUGUCGGCUUGGGAACUUACAUGCAGAGCUUUCAUUAAACGGCGAAUCGCGACGAACAUCCAGUUCAUGCAAGCAUCGGGCAACCUAUAUUAAAUGUUUUCAUUAAAAAUGACCAAGGCCAUAGGUAACUAUAGGUUGGAACGGAUUUUUAAGAUUACUUUCGACUUUAUCUGCGUCGUAUCAUUAGAGAUAAUUUAACUCACAGGUUCCGGUGUGGCGCCUCAAUGAAAGGAAAGAGCACGGUUGUUAAAUUUGAAUGUGGGAGUCUUUAAAGCGCUUGGAUUUCUAUUAGCUGUAAACUAAGACAUUUACGUUGUAUGUCGACGAGUUAUUCACUUCUUUCAUUUUGAGCACUUAGCCCUUUGUACUUAAACCUUUCAUAAUUCAUUUUUCUCGCUCUGUCAGCUCUUGAUGUAAUAUAUUACUUUUUGUGCGAAACGCUUUCACUCAGUUUGAGGUUAGGACAUUUAAAGGUUGCCUGUGAAAGUGUUGUUAAUUAUGCAUGACGUGGCGUUUGACAUUGUACCGUGUUGUAAACACAUUGUAGAGUGUAUGUGUGAGUGAAGCUCGCGAGCGAAGAGGAAGGGGUGUGUUGCCCGCGCAUCGCGUUGCCAGUGCGUCGCGUUGCCUGUGCGUCGCGUUUCUUUCCAGUUGUAACUCUGUGCUCUGUAACUUCUUGUACACUUCUUUGCUAUCGCACGAAACUUAUCUUCAUACACGGAUCAGCCCGGUUAUCUGUAGGCUUAGUAUGUAUCGAUCGUCCAACGCGCUUUGCAACGCGCAAGCCGUUUCGUGUGUGCUAUUUCACUGUCUUCCGUCGCGUUGCUUUCGAAAGCAGCGCGAAACCUGUGUUCAUCGCGAGGAGCUCACAGGUAAACAAUAUGCCGUAACCUAGGCCAGUUCGUUGCGAUAUUUCUAAAGACACCAGUCGCGCCAAGUCGAUUAUAAGGAAGGAUUGGCGAUAGUGUGUAAGUAAGAAAAAGAAAACCUUCGAUUUCAUUGGUGUCUUUCGACUUUAGGUGUUCGUAGACAUGUCGAUCGAUUUGUUGUUCGAGGUGACGCUCCUUGCGGUGUGCACUACUUCGUACGGUUUGUGUGAGCCGCUCGCGCCUCGGGAUAAAAUCAGAUAUCGCGUGAACUGCACAAACCGAAACUAUAGGUUUUGUGCGAAGACGCGAUAUAAAAUUGCGGUGAUAUCAUUAGGGGAUCUACUGAAAAUGCGCGAUUAUCGUUUAUCGUUUCAAACGUAGGGUAAUGUUUCACAUUACCUUACGAGAGGCCGUGCUACCAAAAAAAAAAAUAAGCCCUGAUUUUUAUCUUAUUAAUAUAAGGAGUAAAGCAAUCUUUCCUCGGUUAACACAAGAACAUUUGGUUUAGAAAGAAUAGAGUGGCAUUACGCUGUUAUCAGUGGGGAGUGUCGAUUUAAAUUGUUGCUGAAUAUUUCAUCCAGCGUGAAUUUGGCCAAACAGGCGAAAGCCGCCCACACAAGCCGCUACGUAGCAACUUUUAUCUUAUCUCCAUUCUCGAAAAAAAAAAGGGCCGCAGGCAGCCGUCGCCGCCGCCAUAUUGAGUGAAACUCUAGUCCUUUCGCUGACUCACGAAGAACGUAACAAAAAAAAAAGUCACGCAUCCAUCGAUUUGUCUCAUGUAUAGGUGGCCCGCAACAAGGCGUACACUGCUGAUCUCAGGUCUUCGUCACUCACGUGUGUUCGAAUCUGUGUACAGUACACGGUCGUCGUAGCGUUGUACGUCUAUAGUUAUCCGUGUGCAAAAGCACUUUUGUCUUGUAUGUCUCGUAGCACAGCUUGGGGGUAAAUUACCGACACCUUGCCUGUAAAGGCCAGUGUUUGUAAUUGUCACGCGCACCCUCUCACCCAACUGACCCCACGAGCAGGGCGUGCCCGCUCUUCGACACCAGUCGACGUUAAUAGCGCAAAUGAAUGCAGUUUCGAGCGUCGUACUAGCGUGCGGCGUUCGCUCCUUGUUGUAACCGCACACCGCUUUUAAUGCGUUGCCACUUCCGUAUGCACCAACACGCCUCGCAAAAUUUUUCGCGAGUGAAACUCCGCUUGGGAGAUACGAUGUUUUGGUUCGAUAUUCACGUUUUCUCUUUUCUUCGUGAUGCUCCCUGAAAGUGCUGUCGCGCGACACUUGAUGUUGCAGCGCGCGAGACUGUGGAAAAUACUUGCACGUGUGAAUAUUAGUUUGCAUCUCAGCACCCUAGGCUUUGUGCUUGCCACCCUGUGAUGCUUACAUGGCUACUGUGGUGAAGUGCGUGUUUGUAUUUAGAAGCCAUGCUGUUUGAACUUAGCUACUGUGGGUUUAAAGUGUGCGGUGUUGCUUUGUACCACGUGUUAUGUGCUAUGCGAAAUUGUCGCGCAUUUUGUGUCGAAGUGACCCGGUGUGAUAACAUCUCAAGCGAGUGUCAAGAUGUUCUUUAUUUACUCAGUGAUGUCAUUGUAUGCAUGUGCGCGCGUAUUCUAUGUCGCUUUGACGUGUCUAUACUGUGCUUUUCUUUGGGGGGGGGGGGGGGGGGGGGGGGGAGGGGAGGGUAAAAUCUGUCCUCUCGGCUGAGUCCAUCCCAGUCUUGAACCUAUGCAGCGCGAGAGUGAGUGAAAAAAAGAAGGGGUUGAGAGGGUGUAAAUUCGCAUUUGUGACGCCGAAAUGACGUCACCGACUUGCCCGGACCAAUAGGAGAACAGGGAAGGCGCUUCCGAACAGGAGCGCUCCGCCGUCGCGUUAAAGAA